AUGCGAUGGCCUAAGGCUCUCCAACGUCUACCUCAUCUCCCUCACGUCCGGUUGUUAUCAGGCUAUGUCUCUACUCUACCUAUAAUCAACAUUCCCAACUCCACCAUCUACGAACUCGGCUCGCAAACGCCCACCUUACACUCCAUUUCCCUCGUUGUUCAUCCGCACGAGUCCUGGGCCGUCGUCAGCGCCGACGCGGCGGCAGGCAAGGCCGCCUUGUUUGGCGCACUCACCGGUACGCAUCGUCUCUCGCCUCCCGCUCCGCCACCCGGAGGGCUCUUCCCGUUCCUGGAGGAUGCAGACCCGCAUAGGUUUGUGCAGAUGGUGCGGUUCGCUCAUCGGGGCAAGGCAACGGGUGACGGGUUCUACGACUUCACGGCGCGGUACGGCGCGGUGAGGGAGGGUGACCGGCAGACGUUGCGAGAGACAUUCUUCCCGGACAUCGCGAAGCCGCUGCACCCGCUCGCGAUCCCGGACCUGGUCGAAAACGCGGAGAGUGAGCCACAGACAGAGGCGGAUAGGGAGGCGAAGGAGAGGAGGCAGGCGUGGUUUGAGUUCCUGUCCGGGAGGCUGCGGCUGACGAACCUGCUGGACUUGCCGAUGGUUGCAUUGAGCAACGGGCAGACGAGGCGGGCAAGAAUCGCGAAGGCGUUCUUGGAGGACCCGAGGUUGUUGCUGUUAGAUGAACCAUUCACUGGACUUGACGUGCAAUCUCGUGCAAUCCUGCUCGCGCUGCUUGAGGAACUCAAGAGGAAGCCAGGCUCACCCCAUGUCAUCAUGGGACUUCGUGCGCAAGAUCCGCUGCCCGACUGGACGACACACGUAGCCCUCAUCGAGGAUGGCGGCAAGGUGCACGCCGGGAAGAAAGAGGAGGUCUAUCCGAACCUCUUCACUCCCUCCGCGCCGCUUGCGUCGUCCUCGGCGACGCACAAGAGGGAGGACGCUUACAGGGAACGCACCAAGGGCGACGCGCUCAUUGAUAUCACCAGUGUGAACGUCGAGUACGGCCCUCGCAAGAUACUGUCGUCUAUCAAUUGGACGAUCCGCGCGAACUCACGCUGGCAUCUCAUCGGCGAGAACGGCGCAGGCAAGACGACGCUCUUGGCGCUCCUCACGGGCGAACACCCGCAGUCGUACACGCAGUCCGACAACCUACGUUUGUUCGAUCGCCAGCGCGCGGAGUGGGCUACGCCGUUCUUGCACAGGCGCAUCGGGCGUGUUUCCCCCGAGCUAUUUAACGCGUACCCCCGUAGGCGGGGUCUCACGGUUUGGGACACGAUUGGGACUGGGUUCGACGGCGGGUUCGUACCUAAAGGCCAGCGGGGGGUCGGGACGGGCAGGGACGGAGAGCCUCUGCUGGCCGGCGGGGCGGAGGAGGAAUGGCGCGUCAGCCGCAUGCACGAGGUGAUGCGCAACCUCGGCCCCAGUCAGUGGCAUGCGCACCCGGAGACACUGCCAGAUGAAGAAUUCUUCAAGCAGUCUUUUGCGGAGCUGUCGCCCGGGGAGCAGUCGAUGGUGCUGCUGAUGCGUGCGCUGGUGGGCGCGCCGCCGCUUGUCUUGUUGGAUGAGGCGUGGGCGGGGAUGGACAAAGCAAUGGUGCAGGCAGCGCAUCGAUAUCUCCGUGAUGGAGGUGGGGGGCUGACGGAGGAACAGGCGUGUGUCGUUGUGAGUCAUUGGGAGGAAGAGGUUCCUUGGGGGCCUGAAGAGGGCGUGGAGAGGUACAAAUUGGAUGGUGGGGAAGGAAAGCAGAUAUUCCCUUAG